UGGCCCCGGGGAGCUGGUCUCGGUUCCCUGCAGCCGGCCGGGGCGGCGAGAGCCCAGCCGGGCCCGGCUCCGGCGGCGGCCUUGGCUCUUCGCUUCCUUUGGCUGGGGCGACUCCGGCGGCAGUGCCGGGCGCUCCGGGGACCCAGCUUGUCUUCAGGAUCUCUACCCGCCCUGAGGGCUGCCUUGCAGACUCGGGACUGGCCAUGGAUGGCUUAGGGCAGCUCAGGAGGAACACCCCUCUUCGGCGACUAAUCAAGCAGGAGGACACCCCGAUUCCACCAACACUCCACUGGUCCGGGCGUGUGACAGGCCGGUGCUUUCUGAGAUGUCCUUGCCUCUGACCCAGAAGCCAUGGAGGAGAUAAGGUAGCCCCCAUCCCUGUAUCAGAUGGGGAAGCCCAGUUCAAUGGAUACAAAAUACAAGGAUGACUUAUUUCGGAAGUACGUGCAGUUCCAUGAGGGCAAAGUGGACACCACCCCCGGCAAGCAGCGGCCCGGCAGUGAUGAGUACCUGCGGGUGGCCGCCUCGACCCUGCUCAGCCUGCACAAGGUGGAUCCCUUUUAUCGAUUCCGGCUGAUCCAGUUCUAUGAGGUGGUGGAGAGCUCCCUGCGCUCACGGAGCUCCGCCAGCCUGCGGUCUUUGCAUUGCGCCUUCAGCGUGCUGGAAACAGUGGGCGUCAACCUCUUCCUCUAUCCUUGGAAGAAGGAAUUCAGAAGCAUCAAGACCUACACAGGCCCCUUUGUUUAUUAUGUGAAGUCCACGUUACUGGAAGAGGACAUCCAAGCCAUCCUGAAUUACAUGGGCUACUUGCCUGAGUUGGGGACUGUGUACAAGCUCAGAGAGCUUGUGGAGACCCUCCAGGUGAAGAUGGUCUCCUUUGAACUCUUUCUGGCCAAGGUGGAGUGUGAGCAGAUGCUAGAAAUCCACUCACAAGUCAAGGACAAGGGCUACUCUGAGCUGGAUGUUGUGAGCGAGCGCAAGAGCAGCACAGAGGACGUGCGCGGUUGCUCCGACGCCCUGCGGCGCCGGGCUGAGGGCCGGGAGCACCUAACGGCUUCGAUGGCCCGUGUGGCACUCCAGAAGUCAGCCAGUGAGCGGGCGGCCAAGGACUACUACAAGCCCCGUGUGACCAAGCCCUCGAGGUCAGUGGAUGCCUACGACAGCUACUGGGAGAGCCGGAAGCCCCCGCUGAAGGCCUCGCUGAGCCUGCGGAAGGAGCCCGCGGCAGCAGAUUUGGGAGACGACCUCAAGGACGAGAUCAUCCGCCCAUCUGCCUCGCUCCUAGCCAUGUCCAGCUCCCCCCACGGCAGCCCAGAUGACCUUCCAUCCUCCUCCCCCAGCAAUGGCCUUGGCCUGCUGCGUAGCACAUACUUCUCCGCUCAGGAUGAUGUGGAUCUGUACACAGACUCGGAACCUCGGGCCACAUACCGGAGGCAGGAUGCCCUGCGGCCGGAUGUGUGGCUGGUCAGAAAUGAUGCCCAUCCCCUCUACCACAAGCGCUCGCCCCCUGCCAAAGAGUCUGUUCUGUCCAAGUGCCAAAACUGUGGCCUGUCCUGCAGCUCCUCCCUCUGCCAGCACUGCGACAGCCUGCUUGCCCCGGCCCCGAAGCCCAGCGUCUUCCCCAGCAAGACCUCUACCCACGACAGCCUGGCCCACGGGUCAUCUCUGCGGGAGAAGUACGCUGGCCAGACUCAGGGCUUCGACCGGCUGCCACACCUCCACUCCAAGUCCAAGCCCUCUACCACCGCCACCUCCCGCUGUGGCUUCUGUAACCGCCCAGGUGCCACCAACACCUGCACCCAGUGUUCAAAAGUCUCCUGUGAUGCCUGCCUCAGCGCCUACCAUUACGACCCCUGCUGCAAAAAGAGUGAGCUGCACAAGUUCAUGCCCAACACCCAGCUCAACUACAAGUCCACCCAGCUCUCCCAUAUCGUGUAUAGAUAGGCUCGACCCUGCACCUCCCUGCGACAAGGGCUACACCACUGACCGUUCUGGUUCCACGGGGAAGAAGUGUUAAUGCAUUGAUCUCAAGCAGAGCCCUGCACUUGACCAUGUAGGUGUCGGGCCAGCCACACCGUGUGGGAGUUCUCUUAGCGACUCAGUUGUUUCAACCAAUGGUUGCUUUGUUGCCUGACAAGUGAGAGUGGCACUUCCGUUCCGAUUUGUUCUUGCUAAUCUCUCCACUCCCUAUGCCGUCUUUUUGUUUUGUUUUGUUUUUUAAUUGAGAAUUUCUAUCUUGGGGACUCUUGCCCUGCCUACCCCUCCCACCACAAAGCCAACUUGGACUGGGAAGGGCCCUCCAGGUCACUUUCAGAUGCCCACCUGGAGCGGUGAGCUAGAGGCCUGUUGGCUUGUGAAAUGAGCCCUCCUGCCACACUGGGCCUCUCCCAAUGGCUCAUCCCUUCGCUGCCCUGUCCCAGAUACAAGGAUCCCCACCCGAGCUCCGUGCCCCCCGAUUUCCUUGCCUCUCUAGGUUUCACAGGUGAACCGAGCCCAGUGUUAGUCAUCCUGUUGCCACCACAGCCCACUUCAGCCCAUGGUGUUGGUGCACUUUGCUCCAGUGCCGUGAACUGUGGACCUUCCACAGCAGGGCUGGCUUUUCGCUCUUUCUGUUGUUUGCACAUGCCCCUUACUGUACUGUAAAUAGAUAUUUUUGAGAUUUAUUUUUAAAUAAAUAUUCAACUUGCAGUGUGUUUCCAAAUGGUUAAAACAGUGAAUUAUGUAGCUAUUUAUACAAACGCCCUGGGUUCUUUAGUCUUCCAAGGGAGGCCUCAUGCCCUUCCAUGUUGUGUCCUCCACAUACCACAGCCCGAGGUAGAGUGGAGAGUGUGGGGCAGAGGAGGGACAGAGACCACGUCCCCGAGUUGGUGGACAGCCACUGUCUUCCCUACAGUAAAUCUAUACACCUACCUCCAGUGUGCACUUCGGGGGUUGGUACAGACCAAGAGGUCUGCGCACCUGUGGACUGUGAUGACCUAGUGACAAUUCUGGAACCUCACCCUAAGGAUCUGCAGCCUGGUCUUACACUUGCUGAGUGUGAACCUUGCACUCCAAACUUCUCAAGUCUUGUUUCAGGAAGAAAAUCAUUUGUGAUUCUCCCCAUCUCAGUUCUCUUCACCUGUUCCCAGGACUCCUCUGCAACAUGUGAUCUUUUUGCACUAAAUGUGGUCAGGAGUUGGCGUGUGCCUGUCAGACAGACACCUCCUGAGAUACUCAGCUGAGCCUAAGUACUUCCCAACCCAAAGGCCCCUGAAACUCCUCGUGUCAGUGACGACCCUCGGAUUUUCCUUUUAGAGUGCGGAGCAAAAGUGGGGCAAGAAUCUGAAAAUAAAACCGCUUCCUUGUGAACUAGUAAUGUAUUUUAGCCAUAAGUGUAUGUGAUGUACAGAAUACCAUAGGAAUUUACGUGCAGUGGGUUUUCUGGUGAAAGGAGGUAGUCAGCUCUUGAGCAGGUUUAAAUCUGGCUGAAUCCUGAGGCCACUGUGAAUUCGCUGAUGUUCUUCCAACUCAGUUGAGUGAUUUUAAGGUUUUCCAAAUCUGGCUCUUUUUAUAUAUAUAAAUAUAUAUAUAUCUAGUAGAUCACAUGUAGAUACUCAAUGUGUAUAGAAGCUGAAUUUGAACCAACUUUAUUAUUCUGACAGCCCAUUCUGGGGCAUUCGUCUUUGAUGUUCUUCCUUGUCACAUUUCAGAAGUGUCGAUGCCUGUCCCACUUGUGAGAGCUCUAGUUUUCUAGUUUCCCAUUUCCAGAUCACUCUAGCACUACAGAACUCUUGAGCCAACCGUGAUGCCAGGUAACUUAUACAGGGGACAAAAGCAGGCACGAAUAACUUGUCCUGGGAGAGGAAGUUCAGCUUACCUAUCGUCACGGAGAUCCUGUGUUCGUGGACUGGAGUAGACUGUGCUCUGACCAUGCCCCUCCUCGGUGUGUAUCUUAUUGUAAGAGGUUGCUGUGAUUGAUAGUUAAAUAUAUGCUAACUUAAAAAAUGCAGAUGUUUUGCAUUUGAUUUCUACUAAGAGUUGAAGUGUUGAGAGAUGAUUUAAAAAAUGAUAAUAAAGUGUCUUCCAUUGUUAAAUGAA